UUGAAAUGAUGCAUAUAUAGUCAUUUUCAAUUUCAUUAAUGGGUGUAAACAGAAUCUUAGAGUUAAUUCGAGAAUUUAUUGAAAAUGAAAAGAUGAAAAAAAGAAGUGACCAAGAUCUUAAAAAAUAAAAUAAAUAAGUAGCCCCAAACUCAGAGGUUUCAACAGAAACUUUUGACAACUUAGAACAGGCAUAAACCUCACUCCUAGGGUCAGUAUACAAACAUACAUGACAGUGAAUCGCUGAGGGUCAGCCAGCGCAUGACUGGCGAGGGAUGUGAAGAUAAUAAUCUUGAUUCUUUUCAUGGUAAAUACUCACAGAUGUGUGACAGCGAAAAUAAAUUGUUGCAUGAUGUUUGGAAAUAAGCAAGACACAGCGACAGGCGAUAUGACGUCAACGCCUCCAGACAGUUUAUGUCAUGCAUUUGGUAAUAAAUGCGGGGUGUUAAGGGAAACUCUAGCGCCAUCUGUUCCACUGUGAACAGUGAUGUGAAGAGCUACAUUGUGAAUUGUUACAACCAGAGCUUCAGAUGGAAUGACACUUUGUCUUAAAAGUAUCUGGAUGUUGAAGUCCUUAGUUUUUACAGGAUAAAGCCAGAUAAUGUUUUUCUUAGGAAAAAAAAAAGUUUUUUUUUGUUUGAAGAACACCGUGUUAGCCAAGUGCUUUAGCAACAGGUUUGGUAAAAAGAAACUCUGUUUGUGCACUUCAGAGGCUUUAGGAUGAAAAUGCUGCCCAUCAACCUGAACACAUUUCAGCUGAACUAAAGAACGUUAAUUAGCAGACACUUGGGGUCUCACGACAGUCUGAAGCUCCCAAAGCUGCUGAGAAACAUCUGGACGUCUGGCUGUGGCCGAUGGCAAUCAGACAACAUCCUCAUUGACUUCAGCUGUGCUAAUAGUACCUUUGAGUUGUGGAGCACAUUCCUGAAUAAUAUAUUUUCUGCAAUAAAAUAUAUUCAAAAACAAAUCUGUUUUUCUCUUUUAAAAAUUGGGCACCAUAUACACGUUCCGAUGAAUCUGAUAACAUUGCACUGUACACACAGCGCAAAGAUAUGUACAAAUUAAUCAGUAUGAGACUGGUGAAACAAAAAAACGUAAAAAAAUUAAUUGCAUGCAAUGCCCCUGUGUCUACAAUAUUUUUCUUCAUAUACUUUUUUCAUACCAGACACUUGGCUACAGUCUCACAGAGCGGUAUGACAUCGUAAACAGCUUUCUAACACCCUCUUAAGAGCAUCAUUAUUGUUACAAGAGCAUAUCUUGUCUAAGUGUUUUUUUUUCUUUUCUGAAAAAAAAAAAAAAGCCAGCUCCAUGACAUCUGUUUUCUUUUGUUGUCUAAUUAAGGUGGAACAUAAACCUGUCAUCAGUGUUGUCACGAUACCAAAAUUUCAGUAGUCGGCACCAAUACAUACAUACAUACACAUAUAUAUAUUUAUAUAUAUAUUAGGGCUGUCAAUCGAUUACAAUUUUUAAUCGCGAUUAAUCGCAUGAUUGUCAUGAGUUAACUCGCGAUUAAUCUCAAUUUAAAUCGCAUAUUUUUAUUUGUUCUAAAUGUACCUUAAAUAAAUGCUUUUCAAGUUUUUAAUACUCUAAUCAACAUGGGAAUGCACAAAUAUGGAUGCUUUAUGCAAAUGCAUGUUUAUUAUUAUUGAAACCAUAGUCAACAUAGAGCAGUGGUUCCCAACCUUUUUUUCAUGGGCUCCCCCUACGUACACAUAUGGUAAUCUAUGCAAUAAUAAUAAUAUACAUUUUUUGUCUCUUAGAAAUGCACAUUGAGUUGACAGUAGUAGUUCGAGUUAGAAUGCAGAUAAUUAAAGGUAAAUUUAUGUUCAUUAUCAAAAUCAGUAACAUCUGUAAAAAAAAUUGCAACACUAGCCUAUAGAGUGGUGGAACUAUGAUGUCACUUUGUAGGCAAAAACUCGGAAGCGAGUUAGUAUUUUAGCACUUCCGGUUCCAUCGUCCCAGAGUCGAUGGGUUUUUUGAAUGGGAUUUUGGUUAAAUCCCUUAAACGGUUGCUAACAAGUUGCUAAAUGGGACUACAGACGCUGUCGGAGACAUUCAAUGUAAUCAAUUUACAGUAUUUUCCAACUGUAGUAUAAUCUGUAAUUCAAUUAAUUGUAGAAUAACUAAUGAAUAGUUUCCCGCAUUUUAUAUUGUUGUUCGUCAAUUUUUUUUUUUGGUUUUCCCCCAAAAUGCGACAUGCCUUCGGAAGGAAGAAGCUUGUUUUAUCGUUUUCCUACUGAUACAGAGACUCUGGGUUCGGACCAUAAGGUAAACUCAUAUUAGAGCGAUUCCACAAUUUCUGUCCACAAGGGGUGUAAUGAACAAUAUAGAUUGAAUAAUACCCAGUUAUUGUCAUUUUUUUAUUUUUAGUUCACUAUUUUGUUUAAGAUAGAUGUAAGAAAUAAUAAAGUUAAUUUUAUCCCACUAAGCCUUGGCAUUAUCAUGUAACGAGACUUUAUUUUAUUUCCGUCCCCAGAAAUUGCGAAUGUCAGGGUGGGACAUUCAGUGAAUCUGGAUUUUUCCUAAGUCAUUUCUUUCAUUUCCUUUAAUAAAAUCCUGAAUUUUAAAGCGUUAAAAUGAUACGAACGUGGUAAACUUUGUUUAAGAAAAGAGUAAAUAGGAUCAUUGUGGUGAGAAAGGAUAAAAGAGCGUGCAAGUCGGAUGAUUGCUAGUGGUUUCGGACCGAAAGUCAUGUUCAUCGUGAAAGAGCAUGCAUGAAUGGUGGUUGUAUACAUUUUGACAGAUCUUGUUCGUAAAUUAGACGGAAAUUUUCAGUCUGUCCAACUUCGAACGUUGUUUUUUGAGUAUGUUUGACUCAAUAAGCUUUUCAUGAAAGUCAACAUCGUCAAUGAUUUUGCUGACUUUUUUCUGGGUUUUCUUUUUUUUGUUAAUUUUUUUUUUUCUGUCCAAUGUUCAUAAGAAUAUAGCUUAGUCUGUCGAAGUUAACACGUUAAUAGUGCGUUAACACAAUCUCACUUAUGCCAUUAGAAUAAACUGUCGGCGUUAAUCGCAUAGGUUUUUAAAUGACAGUGAACUGGGCUAUAAUGUUAAGGAACACACGCAGAUUUUCUGCACUGAUGGCACACAAUAAAGUUAGUUUAUUCAUUCACGAUGUAUGACCUUUAAAUUUGAUAGUAAAUGUUGACAGGUUAUUUUAAUGUGUUAUGAACUUGUUCUAUUCUUUGCCAGUGUUCAUGAAAUGGUAUUAUUUUGUGCUACAGAGGCAAUCUUGCAGGAUUGUUUAAUUUUUUCCGUCCACGUUACACACGUUAUAACUUUGCACACUUGUAGGAGUUCCUUUGGCUUCUACAUUUGGCAAAUAAAUUUGAAAAAUAUACCUGUGGAAUUUGUUAGUAAUUUUGCUGGCUUUCAGUUUAUGAAAAUACCAGAAUCAAAAAUGCACCUUUAAGUUUAUAGAACAGAUAUAAAUAUAUAUAGAACAGUUUUUCCGUCCAUGUUACAUACGUUAAAUUUUACAUCAACUCAACUUUGAUCAAAGUUUACUAGUUUACCAUUGCCAGAUUUAUCCUGCCUUUCACACAGCUGUAACCCAGGUUUUCUCAGGAUGUUAACCUGAGGACAAUGGCUUUCUCCAUGAAGAUUGAUUUUGCAGGCUAUUGUCCUUGCAGUUAGGCCUAAACUGUGGAAUAGCCCAUUACAAUUAAUCCAUGUAAACACCACAUUUACCAGCCUUACGUGGUGAAAGUGAAACUUUAAUGAUGCAUAGUGCUGAAAGCCACGUUAAAAUUAAAAGUUUGCGGCCACAUGAAGCUGUUAGAAAGCAUAUAGACGGUUUCAUCGGGCCUUAGUAGCGCCGGCUACAAACACAGUUAAAGAUAAAGUGAUGAGUAAUGAAGUUGGGCGUGACAAAAUAGCACAGAACUCAUUAUAAUCAGUGAUGCUGUCUGCACUGGAUAUGGCGUGGUAAUGCGCAGCACGACGCAACAUGGCAAAUCCCCGACAGUAAACUGCUGCCUCGUUCUAUUUAUGAUGUACUGACACAAAGUUCAAAUGAUUUGCAACGGUCACUUUGUCGCAUCCAGUGCAGACAGACUUUAGCUGUUGUGGCGAGACAUGACAAUUGUCGUGUCCAGUGUAGUCACGGUGCUACAGUAAUAAAAAACUAAAAAACAAAACUGAAUUUGAACAAAAAGCACAGUCCAAUGAAUUAACUGUUACUGAUUUUAUGAUAAGGGGUAUCUGAUAUCUAGUAAUGUUUUAGUCACUUAAGAGUCAUUUAGUCUAAAAUAGUAAUCUAGUUCAUUAUUUACGUUUACAUUUAUUCAUUUGGCAGACAGUUUUAUCCAAAGCGACUUACACUUGAGGAAUACAACAAGCGAUUUUUCAUAAGAUGGCAAUAAACACUAGAUGUGCCUAUUAUACAAGGUUUCAGUCAAUGUUCAAAAUAGUACAAAGCUAGGAAAGGAGGAUAAUAAGAGAACAGAAAAGUGAAGAUUUAAAAAAAAUAUAUUAUUGUUAUGAGGCGGCAGUUAGAUGCUCAUUUUAUUGAAAUCUCAAUAAGCCAAGAUUUUAAUAUAUUAUAAACAUUAACAUCACUGUCUGUAAAGCUCAUUUGAAACAAAAUUUAUUAUCAAAAGCUCUAUAAAAAUAAAAAGGAUUUUGGCAAAAGUAUGGCUCAUAGCUUAAGACAGGAUUGAUGAAAAUACGUAAUUUGGUGAGUUAAUUGGUCCAAAUUUUUGUUUAACUUCUGAAGUGGUCUACCACCUGAAAAAAAUUUGAGAACCACUCCUUUAAUUGGUAGAUUAAAAGCUAGAAGCAUUUCACCUAGUUUAACUAGCACUCACUCCAAUAAUUACAAGCUGGUUCUGAGAAAUUAAAAGAAUGGAUGAAAAGCACAGCUUCCUCUCACAAGUCCUUCUCUUCGAUAAGAGGGCGUCACAUGGAAGAGCACUUUUCUUUACAAGAAAAGAUCAGAAUAUCAGAAUGUGUGACCUCCACAGAACAAAGCAUCUUCAUGCAAUCUUCUGUAUACAAACAAACUCCGCUUGUGCAAAAUGGAAGUAUUGUGAGGUGCAUGGCACACGUGUUGGCGGGUGGGACCAGACAAGAGGCGGAGGAAAAAAUUUCGCCAGGGGGAAAGGGUGGGGAGGGCUUAGUGGUGGUAGGUGGUGGGGGGGGUCAAUGACUGUGGGCCUGAGCAAAAGGGGAGGGCACAGCACACGUGAAAAGAUAUUUAAGCUGCAUCCGCUGCAGGCCCUCGGUGUGAGCAGACAUCUGAUUCUGAGAGAGAAAUCUCAGAGAAGAGAAGAGAAAUCUGUCCGGAGAAUAUUCUACAGUUCUAAACUUCAUUCUAAAGAGUUCUUCUCACAUUGCCCUCUCAUCUGACAAUUAUUCAAGAGAGCAACACAGCCAGGAUCGAUCAGCGUCUUCCACAAAAGACAGACAACUCAAACUUUCUCCGCACAUAAUAACGAAAAGCGUGAAGAUGACAGCUACAUCCUUGACUCUUUUGCUGCUGCUCCUAGGUCAUGCGAUGGCUCAGAGUUCCUUCAAGAAGAACUUGGCAACACCCAAACCAGCAAAACCAGCACAAUGCUGCGAUGAGGUGCGCUCCCUAAAGGUUCAGGUGGCCAAUCUGAGCAGCAUGUUGGAAGAAAUGAGCAAGAAGCAAGAGUCUGAUCUUAUGAAGGUCGUGAGGCAGAUGAUGGAGCUGGAAAAGCUUAACCAGCAGCACGAGGCCAGGGUCACAGAGGCCGAGAGCAAGUAUUCAGAAAUCUACAAUCAGAUCGAAAUCAUGCAGCUGCAGGCCGCCCAAUCUGCUCCACAGCAGAGCACUUCAGAUGCAACCUAUGAUUGUGCAUCCCUAUACAACAAGAACUACAAAAUUUCUGGAGAGUAUAAACUACCAAAAGAUGACUUCCUUGGAACACCUGAACUAAAUGUAUUUUGUGACAUGGAGAACAAUGGUGGUGGUUGGACCGUCAUCCAGAGACGCAAGAUUGGUCUGACAAGCUUCAACCGCGACUGGAAGCAGUACAAGAAUGGUUUUGGUACAAUCCGUGGUGACUUCUGGCUUGGCAACGAUCAAAUCUUCCGUCUGACCAGACAGCCCACAGUGCUGAGAAUAGAGAUGGAGGACUGGGAGGGUAAGACACGCUAUGCCGAAUAUGGCUUCUUUACAGUGAGCAAUGAGAUGAACAGCUACAAGCUCUUCAUUGACAAUUACAGUGGAAACGCUGGCGACUCUCUGCGUUACCACAACAAUACCAACUUCAGCACUAAAGACAAAGACAAUGACAAGUGUUUGGACAAUUGCGCAGCACUUCGCAAAGGUGGAUACUGGUACAACUGCUGCACUGACUCAAAUCUAAAUGGUGUGUUUCACCGCUAUGGGUCACAUACCAAGAAUUCAGAUGGCAUCUCUUGGUAUGGAUGGCACGGACCAAACUACUCACUGAAACGCGUGGAGAUGAAGAUCCGACCACAGAGCUUUGUACCAUAAAGACUUGGCAAAACCCAAUUUAUGUUCCUGCUCACCACUAAACCUUGGCAUCAACGGAUCCACAUAAUCUACAGCUUAAACUGGGCAAACUUUUUCAGGGGGAAUGCAUUUGUAUAAUAGAAUGUUAGGACUGAAUAUGUGAUGAAACGAUGUUUGAUUGUAAAUUGCAUUUUAUACAUGGUAUUUAUCUCUUAAAUAUUUUAUUUUCUUUAGCUUUUUCUAGAAGAUUUUAUGCACAUGAUCAUUGAAAGCAACAAGACUAAGCAACAAGCUGAUGUAAGCCAUUCACACAAAAUGAACAACUACAAGCAAUUUGACAGUUCAGAGACAUUAUAGUAAAUUCACUGGUAAAAUGAACUGUGUAAAAAGUAAAAUAUUGGAUGAUUAAUAAAUUGUAUUUUUAAAAAAAACCUUU